UGGCCCUAAGGGCCUGAGACACGUGGCCUAGUGUCCCCUAGCAGGGAUGCGGGAGGGCUCAGCCCUGUAGGUCUGACUGUGGUUUUCAGAGUGUCGCUUUCUCACGGACUCCCCACCCCUGCUUGCGCUCCUGAGGGCCCAGGGAGCCGCUCUGCUUGUCCCAGCUUGGUUAGAGGGUCCCUGUGCGAGGCAGGUCUGAACGCUCCAGGUACUCUUCAUUCCUCUUGUGUUAUUUACUGCCUGGGUGUUGUGAGAACUGUCUCAAAAGGCCUUUGCCUAGUGGCCCUUAGUCUUUAAUCUCUGGAUGUGCCCUCCCAGACUCAAAACCAGCCCCUUUGAGUGUGGAAAAUUGUUGGCGGUUCUUUCAGGACUGCUCUUGGCUCAUUUUGGAGAGCAGUUCAUGUUUGCAGAGCCUAGAAUUCAUUGUCAUGGUUACACAGCCAAACCAGCCAAGCACAGGGCUAGUGGAAUGUGGUUGACUAAUAUUUUUAGUCAGAGGGUCCAUUCCCCUCCUUCCCCAACACCCACACAUCCCCCUACCCCUGCCCUGCUCUGCAUCAUCCCUCUCUGCCUUCCCCUCAUCUUUCUCUCAGCUUAUUUCCUCUGUUAAAGCCAGUUUGUCCUAGAUCAUCCAUCAAGGGAGAGUUUAGGCAGGAAAAAUCCAGUGUGCUUGGAGCAUAGCCGUCAUUUGAGGAAGAAGUCCAGCAGGCAAGAAGGUCAUAGAGUCCAGAACACAGUGCCAGGAAACCAGAGUGAAUCCAGGAGGUAGCCGGUCUGCAUGUACCAUCGUGAAGGCUGGACACUUGAAGGCAUCCCGGAGGAACACCUGUUUCUGAUGUGCACAGAGUGGGCUAAGCAGGCCUGUUAGGGGAGCCCUGAUGUGCAGUGCUGAGGCCUUGAGGAGAGGCUGGAAUCCUGUUCUGAGGCCUCCCCUUCAUCUGGAGCCCUGGCCUGGAGGACCCGGGCAUAGGGUAGAUUUUCAGCAUCAGGACUCAGCUCUAGGUAGGCUCCUCGCCAUGGGAGCCCGGCAGAUGCUUCAGUGCCAGGACACAAGGACAGGCGAUGGUCACAUUAGGCCGACUCAGUGUUGAGUCUCCUGUGCUGUCAACUGCAGGCUCCUUCAGUUUGGAAACCGAGGCACCAUCACAGAUGCAUCUGGCUUUGACCCCCUGCGAGACGCUGAAGUCCUGCGGAAGGCCAUGAAGGGCUUUGGGACUGACGAACAGGCCAUCAUUGACUGCCUGGGUAGUCGCUCCAACAAACAACGGCAGCAGAUCCUCCUGUCCUUCAAGACAGCAUAUGGGAAGGAUUUGAUCAAAGAUCUGAAAUCUGAACUGUCAGGAAAUUUUGAGAAGACAAUCUUGGCUCUGAUGAAGACCCCUGUCCUCUUUGAUGCUUAUGAGAUAAAGGAAGCUAUCAAGGGGGCAGGCACUGAUGAAGCCUGCCUGAUUGAGAUCCUGGCCUCCCGCAGCAACGAGCACAUCAGGGAGCUGAACAGACUCUACAAGACAGAGUUCAAAAAGACCCUGGAGGAGGCCAUUCGGAGCGACACGUCAGGGCACUUCCAGCGGCUCCUCAUCUCUCUCUCUCAGGGAAACCGGGAUGAAAGCACAAACGUGGACAUGACCCUUGUCCAGAGAGAUGUGCAGGAGCUCUAUGCAGCCGGGGAGAACCGCCUGGGAACAGAUGAGUCCAAGUUCAAUGCAAUUCUGUGCUCCCGGAGCCGGGCCCACCUGGUGGCAGUUUUUAACGAGUAUCAGAGGAUGACAGGACGUGACAUUGAGAAGAGCAUCUGCCGGGAGAUGUCCGGGGACCUGGAGCAGGGCAUGCUGGCUGUGGUGAAAUGUCUUAAGAAUACCCCAGCCUUCUUUGCUGAAAGGCUCAACAAGGCCAUGAGGGGAGCCGGAACCAAAGACCGGACCCUGAUCCGCAUCAUGGUGUCUCGCAGCGAGAUCGACCUCCUGGACAUCAGAGCGGAGUAUAAGCGGCUGUAUGGCAAGUCGCUGUACCACGAUAUCACGGGAGACACUUCAGGGGAUUACCGGAAGAUUCUGCUGAAGAUCUGUGGUGGCAAUGACUGAGCAGUGGCUGGUGGGUCACUUCUGUCCACCUGCUGGCAACAGCAAUGCCAGGAAAAGGCCAAAAGAAUGUUUGUCUGUUUCUAACAAAUCUACAGAGUAGCCCCCAGGUGUCACAGUUCAGACCAACUGUAGAGCCUUGGCCCCAUCUCCUCCCCCGCCCUUGAUCCGUGCAUUGUGCUUGUGCCCGAGAACCUAGUCAGUCUCGAACUCUCUCAGGACGCCUCCUCCCCAUCCUGACCCCUCACAGCCUCUUGCAGCUAAAGUAGAUGUUUUGUUUCCUGACUCAUGCAAUCAUUCCCCUUUGCUUAUGGCUGAAACUCUUGGCUUCCUUCUAGUCAUGUGAUUUUGUAUGUUUAGAGGUUUUUUUUUUUUUUUUUAAUAUAUAGUUGCAGACAGUUGCAUACACAUCUUUGCUGCAUACAAAGUUUGGAUAAAAGAGGUGGGGGGUUGGAGUGCCAUGUCUUCACUGAGGAGUAAAAGGGAAAACCUUUCAGGGUAGACUCUGCAUCUGGUUAAAAUGUGUCAUGAGCUUUGUUAUUGCCAAACUCACUCCUUUUUAGAAAAGAAAAGGCCAGAAAGUCAUCUGUUCUUUCUUCUACACAAACCACAAGAACAAAGCCAGCUCCCUGCCAGUGACAGGGCUUCUUGUAAUUGAGAAUGUGCCUUAAACCUGAAUGUUGAUGGCCAAAUGCUGUUUCCAAAUUAAAGUCAGCCAGCUCUGGAA